GGCUUGGGAAGCAUUCUGGAUGAUUUACAGAUGGAUCCAGUGGAAAAGACCACAAACAGAAGUGAACAAAAAUCCAGAAAGUUUUUAAAAAGCCUCAUCCGGAAGCAGCCCCAGGAGCUGCUCCUGGUCAUCGGGACGGGCGUCAGCGCCGCGGUGGCUCCGGGAAUCCGCGCCCUCUGCUCGUGGCGGAGCUGCAUCGAGGCCGUCAUCGAGGCCGCCGAGCAGCUCGAGGUGCUUCACCCCGGGGACGUCGCGGAUUUCCGCAGGAAAGUGAUGAAGGACCGGGACCUGCUGGUCGUCGCCCACGACCUGAUCCGGAAGAUGUCGCCUCGUACAGGUGACACCAAGCCCAACUUCUUCCAGGACUGCCUGAUGGAGGUUUUCGACAACCUGGAACACCACAUCCAGAACCCGCUGGUGUUGCAGUCCGUCCUCAGCCUGAUGGACAGGGGCACAAUGGUCCUCACCACCAACUACGACAACCUGCUGGAGAUUUUUGGGCAGCAGCAGAGCAAGCCCAUGGAGUCCCUGGACUUGAAGGACAAGACUAAGGUCCUUCAGUGGGCGAGAGGGCACAUCAAAUACGGAGUUCUCCACAUUCACGGCUUGUACACCGAUCCCUGCGGGAUGGUCCUGGAUCCGUCGGGGUACAAAGAUGUUACUCAAGACCCGGAAGUCAUGGAGGUGCUCCAGAACCUGUACCGCACCAAGUCCUUCCUGUUCGUGGGCUGCGGAGAGACCCUGCGGGACCAGAUAUUCCAGGCUCUCUUCCUCUACUCGGUGCCCAACAAGGUGGAGCUGGAGCACUACAUGCUGGUGCUCAAGGAGGACGAGGACCACUUCUUCAAGCAUCAAGCGGACAUGCUUCUGCACGGGAUCAAGGUCGUGUCAUACGGGGACUGUUUUGACUAUUUUCCCGGAUACGUGCAGGACCUCGCCUCUCAGAUCUGCAGGCAGCGCAGCCCAGAUGCUGACCGAGUGGACAGCACCACGCUGUUGGGUAACGCGUGUCAGGACUGCGCGAAGAGAAAGCUGGAAGGGAACGGGAUUGAAGAUUCAAAGAGGCCCCGACGGUCCGGUGCAGACGAUGCCGGAGGGUCUUGAAAUCUUUAAAACCGCCAAAACCUGCCACUUGAAGACCAGCCUUGUGUAACCGCAGUGCCGUAACCCAAGCAACGAGGAAUGUUCAGAGAACUCCGCGUGGCAUCUCUCGCUCCAAAACCAUCCUACACCCCGGGAGAGCCGCGCGGGCGCCUCGGAGGCCGGCUGCAAGUUCCACCGUGUGGUUCGCGCGUUCGGGAGGUAGAGCCUCACACGGGCCCCGACGGACGGCUACCUCAGGGACCGGCGUGGUGGGAGGGAGACCGGACUCCUGGCUUCUGCCCGACGGGCCCCCUUCGUCAAGGUGGUUUUUCUAGUAAAAAGGGGAGGGU